CUACUCCGCCUCUUUGAAAGCACUUUAGUUUUCCAUCAGAGUGAGUCAGAAGAAGCGCAACCCCACUGAGGAACUCCAGCAAGACUUCACGCAUAAAAGCUUCAGGAUUUACGCACACGAGCCUCGCGCCCGCACCAGCUCCUUCCGCACACAUAAAUUAUGGGACGUGCAACUAACACUAGUUGACAAGGGGACACUUGGACAGAGAGCGCGCGCAAAGCAUGGCUUGGGUACGCACAUGUUUUCUCCUGUCCUGCGUUGGACAGGUGUUGGCAAAUCCGCCAACCGAGACGAGGAUAUAUUUGGAUAACAUUACGCGCAUUUUGGACAGAUUAUUAGAUGGAUAUGACAACAGGCUCCGACCUGGAUUUGGAGGUCCUGUCACAGAGGUUAAAACAGACAUCUUCGUCACCAGCUUUGGUCCUGUUUCUGAUGUGGAAAUGGAAUACACAAUGGAUGUGUUCUUUCGGCAAACGUGGAUAGACGACCGGCUGAAAUUCGAGGGCCCCAUCGAGAUCCUGCGUCUCAACAACCUAAUGGUCAGCAAGAUCUGGACACCGGACACUUUCUUCCGAAAUGGCAAACGUUCUAUUUCGCACAACAUGACCACUCCCAACAAGCUGUUCCGCAUCAUGCAGAACGGAACUAUUCUGUACACCAUGAGGUUAACCAUCAAUGCUGAGUGUCCCAUGCGGCUGAUAAAUUUUCCAAUGGAUGGACAUUCGUGUCCCUUGAAAUUUGGCAGCUAUGCCUACCCAAUGAGUGAGAUUGUCUACACAUGGAAGAAAGGUCCCUUGUUUUCAGUGGAGGUUCCUCAGGAGAGUUCCAGUCUGCUUCAGUACGAUCUCAUUGGACAGACGGUGUCUAGCGAGAGGCUGAAGUCAAACACAGGUGAAUACAUAGUGAUGACGGUGUACUUCCACUUGCAGAGGAAAAUGGGUUUCUUCUUGAUCCAGACGUACAUCCCGUGCAUUAUGACUGUGAUCCUAGCACAGGUCUCCUUCUGGAUCGACAAGGAGUCAGUACCGGCCAGAACCGUGUUUGGCAUCACCACAGUACUAACCAUGACCACGCUGAGCAUUAGCGCUCGUCACUCGUUACCCAAGGUCUCCUACGCCACGGCCAUGGACUGGUUCAUCGCCGUCUGCUUCGCCUUCGUCUUCUCCGCCCUCAUCGAGUUCGCCGCUGUCAACUAUUUCUCCACCUUGCAGGCCAAUAAGGAGCUUCGGCGGGCCAACAUGACCUGCGCGGCGGCCAGAAGUGAUGGAGAAGUUGUUACGAAUCCUCUGGACCCUGGAGGUGUGCUGAAGAAAAGGCUGAACUCUCUCUCUCAGAGAGAAGCUCCUGAGCGGUUCUCCAGAGCAGCACAGCCUGAUCUUCACCAGCAAGGCUCCACAGUCUCCAUCAACAACAUGCUGACAGGGACUAGUAUUAUUGACAAGUACUCGCGCAUCCUUUUCCCUCUCUCUUUUGGAGCCUUCAACCUGGUCUACUGGAUUGUCUAUCUCACCAAAGACACCAUGGAGUCCAGGGAAGUGUGAACCCUGUCAGAAAAAGAGGGCUGAAGACAUGGCCUUUUAAUAAACUGGCGUAUGCAUAGAUGGACGGGUGGAAGGAAGGAUGGAUGGAUGAGAGACACAUUCAGGGUCUGCUGCUGAAGAUGUAACUGUGAUUGUUCUGAGAGGGGACACUGUCGACUCUCCUUCCCCUUUGCCCCCUUCCUCUCUUUCAGCCCGAUAGCAUGUAUUGACCUCUCGUCGCUCUGGCAUGAAACUCUCCGACUGCAGAAUGAUUUUCCUCCUCCCUAAAGACAGUCGAGGUGCAAUGGCACUCUUGUUUAACACUGUCACGCAAUUAAACACUCAACAUCCUCUCUUCACACAAACAACUCUGCAGACACUCACAAUAAUGUGCAGGUAAGACUUUCUGGAAAAGAAUUACAGUAGCCACAGGGGCUUUCGCACUGGAGGAACCUGGUGGAAGUACUGUUACCACGAUACCAUCCGGUACUUAUAUUUUAGAAGCGUCCAUUUCCUGCUGAAAUCUGAGAGCUGUUGAGCAUAUUAAUAAACGACGUGACAAUUGUUGUAGCCAAUCACAGUAAUAUCUGUUGAGUGCUUGAACACAGUGACCAAUCAGUGCUGUUUAAGAAUCUGGACUAUUCUAAAAUUUAAGUACUGAAUAGUACCAAUGUCAGUACUUUUGACAACACUAGGAGCAAGUACCAGAUUUUUUUUGGCAUGUUUGCACCACAUUUGAAGGAAUAAAAUUCCAUUUGAAUGAGCUAAAUUAGCUCCAACAGUUUUA